UUCUAAGGGAGUCAUGAUGCGGAUCAGAGGAAUAGUGAGGGCUUCAGCCCACCUCAGACAGGCAAAUUUCUCUUCCUCUGCAGCGGUGCCUCGGACCAAACUUUUCAUCAAUGGACAGUUUGUGGAUUCAGAGACCUCAGAAUGGAUUGAUGUUCACAACCCGGCAACCAAUGAGGUGAUCGGAAGAGUUCCCCAGGCAACACAGAGUGAGAUGGAGGCAGCAGUAAAUGCCUGUCAGCGUACUUUUCCAGCCUGGUCUGAGACUUCCAUUUUAAGUCGACAACAAAUCUUUUUACGGUAUCAGCAACUCAUCAAAGACAAUCUGAAAGAGGUGGCACGUCUGAUAACACUGGAGCAGGGAAAGACUUUGGCAGAUGCAGAGGGGGAUGUUUUCCGUGGACUGCAGGUGGUGGAACAUGCAUGUAGUGUGACCUCCCUGAUGCUGGGUGAAACUCUUUCAUCACUCACAAAGGAUAUGGACACCUAUACAUUUCGGUUACCUCUGGGUGUAUGUGCUGGCAUUGCACCCUUUAACUUCCCUGCUAUGAUCCCUUUAUGGAUGUUUCCUAUGGCCAUGGUUUGUGGAAACACUUACUUGAUGAAGCCAUCAGAACGUGUUCCUGCAGCCACUAUGCUGCUUGCUCAACUACUGCAGGAUGCUGGCAUUCCUGAUGGGACAUUAAACAUUAUCCAUGGGCAACAUGCAGCUGUGAAUUUUGUCUGUGACCAUCCAGCCAUUCGAGCUAUCAGUUUUGUGGGCUCCAACCAAGCAGGAGAAUACAUCUAUGAGAGGGGAUCCCAAAAUGGCAAGAGGGUUCAGUCUAACAUGGGGGCAAAAAACCACGGGGUUGUUAUGCCAGAUGCUAAUAAGGAGAACACCCUGAACCAGCUAGUAGGAGCAGCAUUCGGAGCCGCUGGACAGCGCUGUAUGGCUCUUUCCACAGCAGUCCUGGUUGGUGAAGCAAAAAAAUGGCUCCCAGAGCUGGUUGAAAAAUCGAGGAAGUUACGGGUUAAUGCUGGUGAUCAACCUGGAGCUGAUGUGGGGCCUCUAAUCAGUCCAGCUGCAAAAGAGCGUGUAACCAGCUUAGUAGAGAGUGGUGUCAAGGAAGGUGCAAGCCUAUUGCUUGAUGGCCGUGAUGUUAAAGUGAAGGGAUUUGAGAAUGGCAACUUUGUGGGACCAACAAUUUUGGCAAAUGUUCAGCCUCAUAUGACCUGCUAUAAGGAAGAGAUUUUCGGGCCAGUGUUGGUUGUGUUAGAAGCAGAAACUCUGGAUGACGCUAUUAAAAUUGUGAACAGCAAUCCUUAUGGCAAUGGAACAGCCAUCUUUACAACAAACGGAGCAACUGCUCGAAAAUACACUCACUUGGUGGAUGUGGGGCAGGUGGGAGUGAAUGUGCCAAUUCCAGUUCCACUUCCUAUGUUCUCAUUCACUGGAUCUCGUGCUUCAUUCCGAGGAGACACUAACUUUUAUGGAAAGCAGGGUGUUCACUUCUAUACCCAGCUGAAGACCGUAACUUCUCAGUGGAAGGAAGAAGAUUCCACAUUAACCAGCCCUGCAGUGGUAAUGCCAACCAUGGGGCGUUGAUUUGGCUUUCCAACCCAUAUUUUUCUAUUUGGAACACUACAUUUCUGUAGCACCAACAUUUAUCCAAUGUCUAACUAGUGUUUGUAUUUUCUUGUCUACAAAAAUAUAGUUUUUUUUUUUUUUUUUUUUUUAAAUCUAAGUUGCUUCCACAUGUUUAGUGUCUGCUGCCCUCUCUACAGCUGAAGAUUGUCUGAAAAGUGAAGUUGGCUCGUCCUUGUUUAAUGCUGGGGUACUAUCCAGCACCAGUGUAGUUCCAUAUUGCUGGGUGCAAUCCGUACCUAUGGAGUAAUGUAGCUUAGCAUUUGCUAGUCUUUACUUGAUAGGGAUAUUAAGUGUCUGGUGCACAUCCUAUAAAUGUUGUCCAGAAGCUAUAUGAGGAGCACUAUCCUAUGCUUGUGUCCAUACUGCAAAUACAAGGUUGCUGUGCCCUACACACUUAUAAAGAACUAUGUUCUGCUUUUUCCAUGUUGCAACUGUCAUCUAGUAACAAUCUACUUCUAGGUCUAAAUUAUUGUUCCUAGAAGAUAUCCUUAAAUUGUGCCACAUUGUGCACCACUGUUUUCUUACUACUUCUAUCUUCUAGGCACAGGAUAACACUCUAAAAACAUUUUAUAGAGACUCUCUAGGCAGAUUUGAAUGUAUCACAUGAUAUAAUGGAAUCAUUGAAGGCAAAUUACACUUUGAAAGAAGGAACCUCUUAUAUAAGCUGCUUGUCUGAUUAAAUUGUGGAUUUAACAGAACUAAUGAUAUUCCUCAUUCAAUAAAAUGUUUGCUUAU